GGAAAAUGUGUAUAAAGCAGAUGCAUAAAAAAGCACGAGAACUCUACAAUGUGUCUGAUAUCAACACAGUUGAGAAGCAGUAAUUUAUAAAAGGUCAGAUGUGAAUGGCUCUGUGAGGAUGUCCAUGCAUUUCCUGUUGUAGUCCUGCACUACGAUGAGCGUCAGAGAUUCUUUGAUAUAUUGAGAUAACAACCUCCGCGGCUCUACAAUAGGAGAGAGCAUAACGGUCAACUAGAGUGUUACGACAGAAAGUCACCGUUUGCGUAUACCAUACAAAUGAAUGGGGAGAGCCGUAAAGUGACAACUACAUGUCACAAAAUCGUCUGUGAAUUCUCUUAUAAAACAUCAAUUUAUCAUAGUAAACUCCACACAUAGUUUAUUCCAAAAGCAUUAAGUGUUAAACUUGUUGAAGUUUAGUUGAAAGGCAGUCUAUUAAUUAAAGGUGCUGUAAGCGAUUUUAGCGUUCUGAAGCUUUCAUGAGACUGAGCUGUUGAAUUAGCCACUCCCCCUCAUUCCAAAACCUGCCCUCCAAAGAUAAUAUUGAGACCAAAACAGAGCAAAAGAGCAGCAUUGUUUGUUCCUGUGGCUGUCAAAUUCAGCAGUGGCACAAUAGCGCCUUCAACUGACAAACAUUAUAGCAUAGCCUCAGUGAUCCGCUUCAAAUACAACACUAUGAGAACGAGCAAAAUGAUUGACAGGUGAAAAGCGUUAAUGUCUGUGGUCCGUGGACACAUUUUUGUUUGCUGUUUACAAAGUCGACAGCUGGCACAGAGACCGGUGAGAUAUCUCAGGACACUUAUUUCAUUAAUAUCUUUAAGGGAGUAGGAAAAGUUUUGCAUAAUUUUCCAUGAAAAAAAUCGCUUACAGCACCUUUAAGUGAUGAGCUGUUUCCUCAAAAAAGCAGUUUAUUCAGCACACUGAGGCAUCUCCUCCAUAGACAUUCAUUGAAAAAGAAUGGCCUCUUGUCUUCUCGCCAGUGUACCACCAUAGAAUGUCUAUGGGAGUGCCGUGUUAUGCUAAUUUAGGCUAAGCUUGUAGGCUCCACUAUUAGAAGGGUUCCCUGAGCGUCAUCCAAAAAGGAUAUUAUGACCACUGACAUAAAGUGACAAAGAGUAGGAGUUUAUGAAAUAUAUUUAUACUUAAACAAAAAUAUUGGUCUAUAUUUUUUCCUACCCACAUCAUCGAAUUGAUUCUGUCUCUGGUUUGUAUUUUGAAGCCGAAAAAUUAUAACCUAGUGGUUCUCAAUUGGUAGGUUGGGAAAAAAACCAUGCUAAACACAAAAUAAUAAAAUGUAGCUAACCCAUUAUCAUGCAAAAAAAAAAAAAAAAAAAAAAAAAGGCUAAAUAAGUAGGCUUACAAUCUUUUGUAAGGCAGGAGAAUAUACUUCCCAUAUAUUUUGCUGUUGAUAUUAAAGGAUGUGCAUCAGUCAAACUCAACUGUAUUUUGGUAUUAAUUCUUCUGUCAUUUAGUAUUAGCUUGCCAAAUCAGGCAGAUGCCAACAUGAACAGGAUGCAUGGCAUGCCCUCAUCCUUAAAAAACAUAGUAUUAAAAAAAAAAAUGUUUACUUCAGACGUUCAACAGUUUUGGCAUUGUGAGUUUCCACUUGAUGUCAAAUGUAAAUUUGGAUCUCAGAACCACUUGAGAACCACUGAUACAACACUUUAGGCAUCUGGAUUUAGCUAGUUUUCAAAGUGUUGUUAUUGACUUUGUCAUGGCUUAAAGUAUCUCUAAUAUUCCUCUCUUUCCCCAAGAGGAAUGAGUGGAUAAAUCCCACACAGUAGUCUAUUCACUAGACCCCGUGAUGGGUUAAUAAGGAAGGCGUGAUCUAGUCUUCUUGGCAUUGUGAAACAGUAUUCAUAUGUAUAACGGCACUGCAGUCUCUCCCCUUCUUGUCUUAUUCUCUGUAAAUCUGAUAAGGCCAGUGUUUUCCACUCUGUCAUGGGACAGUUCACUUUUUUGUCAGUUCUUGCCUUCCCAAGCAGUCUGUAAGGUAGUUGUCUAAGGGAUAUUUGUGGUCGCCUACUGGUGUCAUCGGCAUUAUCAGCAAGUUUUAGAACUGUGUGUGAAUCAGUACAAAUACUUUGAUGGUGUGAUAGUUUUGCGCUUGAAGAUGGAGUUUCACUGAUUUGUUGAGAGAAUUGGACAGUCUUUUGCAAGCUGUUGGAGACACGGAUGUCUAUAGCUUCAGAAUCUAAGUUUAGAGGAACCACGAAAAUGGGAGAUUUUGAGAAAAUAUGGCGUGAGCACUGUGAAGACGAGCAGACUCUCAGUGAGUAUGCCAUGGCCAUGAAGAACCUAGCCGACAACCACUGGGCAAAUAAAUGUGAGGGAGAGGGACGCAUCGAGUGGUGCCGCAGUGUUUGUCAGGAGUACUUUCAGGAUGGAGGGAUGAGGCGAGUGUUGGAGAAGGAUGAGAAGAGUGCAAGGCAUGCCGCAGCUGGCAAUAAUACAUCUGUAUACACUCCACCACAACCUUCCUCUCCCAGCUCAAUGUUCCAGCUUGAAAGGAUACGACUCCUGGAUGUGGGCAGUUGUUUCAAUCCCUUCCUGAAAUUUGACGAGUUUCUUACUGUUGGUAUCGACAUUGUGCCAGCAGUCGAGAGCGUCUUCAAGUGCGACUUUCUCAACCUGCAGCUGCAGCAGCCAUUGCAGCUGGCCAGUGAUGCACUAGAUACCUUUCUGCAGCAGCUACACAGCCCCAUCGAAGCUUUACCUGGCCAGCUCUUUCACGUGGUGGUGUUCUCCCUGCUUCUCUCUUAUUUUCCCUCGCCCUACCAGCGUUGGCUCUGCUGCAAGAAAGCCCAUGAACUAUUGACCCUGAAUGGCCUUCUCCUCAUCAUCACCCCUGACUCCUCCCAUCAGGGCCGCCAUGCACUAAUGAUGCGUAGCUGGCGAGUUGCAGUCGAGUCGCUGGGCUUCAAGCGCUACAAGUACGUGAAGUACUCCCAUAUGCACCUCAUUGCUUUCCGCAAGGUGUCAUCCACCACCAGCAGCGACCUGGUCAGCCGUAACUACCCGGAGAUGCUCUACAUACCGCAGGACUUUCACACGUUCGAGGAUGAGGGGUUCACAGAUUCCUACGAGCCUCCACAUUCCGAAUUCGAGGACGACCAGUUGGCGUGGAGCUUUGCGGAGUUGCCGGACACGCCAUAUGAUUCGGACUCUGGCGAGAGCCAAAGUAGCACGGCACCCUUACAUGAGCUGGAAGACCCCAUUUUGCUGCACAGCUGAACUGCCUGUCUUAAGGGGAAAGUUACUCAAAAAUUUAAAUUCUGUCAUUUACUCAACAUCACGUUGUUUCAAACCUUUCAAACCGAGAUCAUGGGCAAAAUGUUUGCCUCAGUCAUCACCAUUUGCUUUCCUUGUAUGGAAAAAGAUGCAAUGAAAGUGAAUGGUGACUGAGACCGUCAUUCUGCUUGACAUUUCCUUUUGUGUUCCAAGGAAGGAAGAAGGUCAUACAGGUUUGGAAAUACAAGUAAAUGAUGACAGAAUUUUCAUUUUUGCGUGAACUAUCCUUUUUACAUGUACUACCCUAUUGACGCGCUGCCAAAUGGUUUUGCUGCAAUCACAUACUCCCCUUUUUAAGCAGCAAAAAGUUUGCACAGAGUGAAUGAGGCCAGAUGUUGAAGUGGGUGUUUAUUUUUAAGAGAGUGCUAGACAUCCUUUUCAACACAAACACACUAAUCAACAAUCUAAACAAAGAAAUAACGGUUUUGCAAUAGAAGCGAUAUGGUCUUGUAUCAGAAGCAGCUGUGUGAUCUCAGGUUGAAAAUUUUGCUCACCCAUUUUGGCUGUUUUUUCAAUCAUCACGACUAAAAUGGACAAGAUUUGUCAAACCUUUUUGGGCUGGCAUAAGUUAGACCUUAGUCUAACUAGUCAUUGUCAGUGUAAAAAAAAAUGCUAUCUUUUGCCUGCAGUUUCUAUACAUAUUGUGUUGAGCGCCUUUCAAAUAUAAUUUCUAAAUGGUUUGAUUCUCAGCAAGUUAGCACUGGACAUUAUAGAUAGUGACUUUCAAAUUACAACCAAGCAUUUUUGCAAUAUUAGUGAUAUUUUGUAGCAUAUUAAGUGUCUGGUUUGGUAACGUAACAUUGUAACUGUGAAUGUGUGUUUUUCGCUUCAACAUGGUACAAAUCAUGCAAAGUAGUCGUAGUUUUCGAGAACAAAGUCUUACAGGUGACCAGAUUGGAUGCAUGCUUUGCCUCAUCGUGGUAACAUGUUUCUAAUCUUGUUAAAAAAGCCUGAAAGUAAAUGAGUGACUCUCUGCCUUCGUUUUCAUUUAAACCUCUAAUAUAACCUGUAAUAGCCAAUUACUUCUCUGUAGUAUGUAGUACGGAACAGGUUAGAUUUCUCUGCAUUUUGCCAUAAUGUGACUUUAUUGAAUAGGAUGAUUGUUUACUCUUGACUGUUUACCUUUGGUCGGUCUAAUUUCUGUAUCGUUUUACAGUGUAACUAGAGUGUAUCUCAGUUCUUCAAUACAGUACAUUAUAUUAGCUUUCAGUUCUGGCUUUUAAGGUACAGAGGUUUUGGAAAGUUCCGCCAAAUAUUUCAAAGGUAAUUGAUUUGUGACUGACUGGGGGUUUACAUGGAAGUACUGUCAAAAAAGUUGUUUAUCACUGUACAUUUUUAGCGCUGAUGUAUUGAUCUGCAGAAUUUGCGGCUUUUUAAUUCACUCCAGGUUCUUAAAACACUAUAUAAGUGUCCCAAGCACAUAUUUGCACGUGUUCGAUAACACCUUCCGUAGGGUUGGCAAGAUAUCGAUACUUAACAUCAGCAGAAUAGCUGAUUAGAAUAGCAAUACAUUCAUAAUCAUAAAUGGUCAAAAAUCCCCUAUAUAAAACUGUAAUAUGGCAGUUUUAAUCGCAACUGAUAAUAGGCAUGGUUUUGCAUUGUAUUAAUGUAGUUAUUGAAUGGUAUACCUGAAAGAAAUUACAUGGGAAGAUGCUGUGAUGGUUUUUAAGGGAUGGUUCACUCAAAAAUGUAAAUUCUUUCCCUCAUGUUGUUCUAAAGCCUCUUUCUUCUGUGGAACACAAAACAUGUCAGACAGAAUGACAGCCUCUGUUAUUAUUCCACACAAUGAAAGUGAAUGGUGACUGAGGCUGGUCAUUUUGUGUUCAACGAAAGAAAGAAAGUCAUAGGGUUUGGAACAAUAUGAGGUGAGAAUUUUCAUUUUUGAGAAAACUAUCCCUUUAACUCCCGAAAUAGUAUGCAAGAUGUCCUUGUACAUUGGGGUUGUGCUGAAGUAUAUAUGUGAGGUUUUGGUGUUUUAAAGCACUUUAAAGGUGUCAGAGUAUCAGCGAAAUUAGAUCACUCAUCAAGGUGCCUUCAAACCCAAAUUGUAUUUUUGCAUUUGGAUGAUAAACACUGGGUGCAAGAAGGACGGACUACUGAUUGUCAUUUGAAAGUAACUAAUUUAUCUCCCACAGUAAAUACUUUCAUACUUUCAGCAAAUUAACCAGCUCUUGGCUAAAUUACGAAAUACUGCCAUAUAAUAAUAACAUUAGCCAUAGCAUUUAAAGGCCCUCUUUAGUCUGUUCUUGAUUUAUAAAUCUGUGGAAAGAAAUGUGUUUUAAAACCACACACAAAAAAGUACACACACACACAAAAAAAACUUUGUAUUAUACUGUACUUGGUGGUGUUUCUAAACAUUCACAUAUCAAAUGUCUUUGUCUUCCGCAGGUUCUAAUCCACUGUUUGCAUGAUUGAUUUUCUCUUUCAGUGUUAAGAUGUUUGACUCCCACAGGACUGGGCUAUUUGUGAGAAUUAUUGUCAUUCCUCUUUUAUAAAUAAAUGUUUUUUGUCACCUUG